CUCGCUCUUGUUGGCGCUGCCAUCGCGCUGCCAGCAACUGAAAGCGCUGGAGCAGCUCCUCCUAGUCGCCCCAUGCCUGAUAUCAACGCCAUCAAAGCCGUACCACAAGAACAUUUUACAAGCUAUCAGACGGGUGGCUUAAAACGCCAGACUCUUACGUCUACUGCAACAAAGACCAAGCGAGGCUGGACUUGCAGCACCUCACCAAUCUUGACCUGGGGUGACAGCGACACUGGUGGCAAGGGCAUUACCAUUACUAAUGCUGACACUGACUGGAGGGGCUUUUACAUUUACCACAAUAACUGUGAUACUGUUCCUUGGAAGUAUAUCUGGGUCGGAGCUAACCAGACUGAGUUUGUUUCCUUCCCUGAUGGCUUUGAAGGCCGUAUUCAACGCGGAGUCGACCAAUACAUGCUUAACGGCCAGGCACAAUGGCUUGGUUCAUGGUUUGAGGUUAGCUGGGACGGAAAUGGCGUCGGUUGGAGCGACGUCUCCCUUAUUCGUGGAUGUGAUGGUGGUAUUUUGACUUGGGGUCUUGACGCUGCAAAGGCUUGGAAGGGAUUUACGCAAUGGAUUCUGGACGGUGCGCCUACAGGAGCGUAUGACAUGAAGAAUGAUGGACAAUGGGUGCUCAAGGCAACGGAGGGGCUCGAUGGUUCAAUUAACACAGUCCCUCGCGACUGGGAACUCCAGCAGGUUGGCUCUGACUACGUUUAUGUCGAUGACUAUCAUGGUAAUCCAGUCAUUGCAUCGAGCAACGGCCGUUUCGGUACUUACUGGCCCGGUGGCCGCGCAUAAAGCUACCUAGCUUUG